UUAAUUUAAAUGUGGAGGAUAUUUCAGUUUUAUUACAAAAAUUCAUACCUACCUUCUCCUGUGAAAAGCAAAACACUUGGAUCUCACCUGUCACUCUCUGUACUUACCUUCUCAAUUUCCACGAUUCUGAUACUGAUCCAUAUCCAGCAACGCCAUGGCCGCACAUCCAAAGAAAAUCAUCAUCGACACUGAUCCUGGCAUUGAUGACGCCAUGGCAAUAUUUCUUGCGUUGAGAUCACCUGAAGUGGAGGUGAUUGGAUUGACUACCAUUUAUGGGAACGUUUAUACCACUUUGGCUACCAGGAAUGCGCUGCAUUUGUUGGAGGUUGCGGGGAGGUCUGACAUCCCAGUGGCUGAGGGAUCUCAUGUCACAAUAACGAAAGGUACAAAACUUCGGAUUGCUGAUUUUGUCCAUGGUGCUGAUGGACUUGGCAACCAAAAUUUUCCCCCACCAAAAGGAAAGCCAAUUGAACAAUCAGCAGCUGCUUUUCUGGUUGAGCAAGCAAAUCUGCACCCUGGAAAAGUCACUGUGGUGGCAUUGGGCCCACUUACAAACAUUGCGCUGGCUAUUGAAUUAGAUCCUGCAUUUGCCAAAAACAUUGGGGAGAUUGUUCUUCUUGGCGGUGCAUUCUCAGUAAAUGGGAAUGUGAAUCCAGCAGCAGAGGCAAAUAUUUUUGGUGAUCCGGAUGCUGCUGAUAUUGUUUUCACCAGCGGAGCAGAUGUUUUGGCUGUGGGGAUUAAUGUUACUCAUGAAGUUGUUUUGACAGAUGCUGAUAGAGACAAAUUGGCGCAGUCAAAUGGAAAAUUUGCCCAGUACUUGUGCAAAAUUUUAGAUGUGUACUUCUCUUAUCAUCAUGAGGUGUAUGGCACAAGAGGAGUUUAUCUUCAUGAUCCGACAGCCUUUCUUGCAGCUGUUAAUCCUGCACUUAUGACCUAUGUAGAGGGUGUUGUUAGAGUCCAAACAACUGGCAUCAUGAGGGGGCUGACGAUAUUAUAUAACAGACAAAAGAGGUUUGGUGAAGAAACCGAGUGGUCUGAUAAGCCUACAGUGAAGGUGGCUGUCACGGUUGAUGCUCCCACGGUUGUCAAAUUGGUCAUGGAACGGCUCAUGGAAUCAUAAACCUUAAAGGAAAUUAUUGGAUGCACCUGGAGUAUUAAAUUUUAGUGCUCUUAUACACUAUAGAUAUGGGUCCUUUUAUAACUUAUGGCAAGUGAGUCACAUAUCCAUACGAGCGAAAGAACACAUGCUUCACCUUGAAUGUUAGAAUUUGCCCGCCGUUAAGGAGAACUUCUCUUGGUGGUGAACUAGCAUUGGUGAUGCAACCAAAACUCCAUUGUUGUCAAGUAAUGUGUGUUUUCUCUUGGAUGCCUGUGGUUGGUCAUUGUUUCAUAUUUUCCAAUUUGUUCACUCUCCCACUGAGGGAAAUGGUUUUAGAGACAUUGUGAUACACAUUUCUGUACUAAUCUCUCUAGAAUUAUUGAUCACAAAAAGGCAUCCUGAGCCAUUUUCUUUC